GCCUCUCUCCCCCAUACACAGUCUGUCCCUUUACCCUCUGAGACCCACCUCACGUUCCUAUUAGUGAAAGCAGCGACCGCUCCUCUGCUGCCCAUUGAGUCUCUCCAUCAGCUGUCUUUCUUCAUCACUCUUAUUCAGGUGAAUUUACAGAUUCUGGUUAACGUUUAGAUUCACUGCUGUACACCUGAACGCUCCCUGUCAUGUCUGACAACGAGGAAGUGGUGGAGGAAUAUGAGGAGGAGGUGGAAGAAGAGGAGGCUGCUGAAGCAGGGGAGCAGGGGGUAGAGGAGGAGGAGGAGCAGGAGCAGGUGGAGGAGCAGGAGGAGGCAGAGGAAGAGGCCGUACAGGAAGAGGACGAACCUGCUGCAGAGAAGGAGGAAAUAGAUGGAGAAGAGGAGGAGGGAGAAGAGGAGGAGGCCAAACCGAAAUUCAAGCCAUUUAUCAUGCCCAACCUCAUCCCUCCUAAGAUCCCAGAUGGAGAGAAGGUGGAUUUUGAUGAUAUACAUCGUAAAAGGAUGGAGAAGGACCUGAUGGAGCUUCAGACUUUGAUCGAGGUUCACUUUGAGAGCAGAAAGAAGGAAGAAGAAGAGCUCAUUAAUCUCACGGAGAGGAUUGAGAAGCGGCGUUCUGAGCGAGCAGAGCAGCACAGAAUCUGCAGUGAGAGAGAGAAAGAGCGACAGAAGCGCCUUGAGGACGAGAGAGCUCGUAAGGAGGACGAGGAGGCCAAGAGGAGAGCAGAGGAUGAAGCUAAGAAGAAGAAAACCCUCACUAGCCUCCACUUUGGAGGUUACAUGCAGAAAUUGACAGAAAAACGGAGUGGUAAGAGGCAGACUGAGAGAGAGAAGAAGAAGAAGAUCCUGAGCGAAAGACGCAAAUCUCUGGACAUCGAGAACAUGAGCCAGGACAGAAUCAAGGAGAAAGCUCAAGAGCUGUGGGAGUGGAUGCACGAGCUGGAGGCAGAGAAGUUUGAACUGCAGUACCAGAUCACCAGACAGAAAUAUGAAAUUAAUGUCUUGAGGAACCGCGUCAGCGACCAUCAGAAAAUAUCCAAGAGGACCAAGAGAGGCCUGAGGAAGUAAUUGCUGAGUGAGCAGUGUAACUAUCAGCCCUUUCCCGAAGCCACCGCCUCAAACCAAUCCAUGGCUUUCCUGCCACACCCCAGUCACACCUGUUACACCACGUAAUCAUCACCUAGAGUACCAAUUAUAUCCGGUUUAAAGCCACCUUUUAAAUAAGAUCCCCUGUGUUUAGGGUGUAAAUAAAACAAUCUCAGCUCAAUCAAUGACUUCUUGCUCUUUCAGACUUUUGAGCAUGGGUGCAUGAGUUUAUCAGCACCCAAAACUCCAGAGAGUAAAAUGAAAUUCAAGACAUGAAUGCAGAAAGCCUAAAGCAAAUAGUCUCUUCCGACUCAGAGACAGGCUACGACAUGACUUUAAGACUGUAAUGAAGCUCCUUGGGCUAACGCCCAGACUUCCACCCAACACACACACACACACACACACACACACA